AUCGCGAAACACGGUGGUAGCUAAAACUUUGUCCGCUGUUCGGCUCGGAUUCAGUCGUAGUUUUGAAGCGGCGCCGAGCGAGUGACGGUUCACUCGGUCGCCACUCCGUCCGCUGCUUCUUCUUCUUCUUCUUCUUCUUCUUCUUCUUCUUCUUCUUUUUCCUCCUCCUCCUCCUCCUACUUCUUCUCUUCUUCUCGUUUUCAAACCUUCUCACAAGUUGCCUAUAAUUAAACACCAUCGCGAAAGAAAGAAACGCUUCCUCUCCUUGCCUCUGCCGUUCACCUUGUCCUUGCCGCGAACAGAAUGAAGCAGGGCGGUGAAUUCUUCUCGAGAGUCGACGAACCAACCAGUACGGGAUUCUAUAAUUAACGGGAUACGAGACAAAACGACCACGUAAGCCGCGAUCCCCUUUUGACGUGCGCCUCGGCGAACAUGCCUGCCGAGGAACUUGUGUACAUCGUGGCGUGAGUUAAACCAGAACGAAAUUGGAUAAGGAUAAACAGAGAAGGAUCGACUGGAUAAGGGAUGCUUUCGCGUGGAGGGAAACACGCCGACGGCGAACCUUGACCGUGAGUUGGCCUAUUAACCGGCUCUAUUUUCAUAUUUCCCAGCGUCGGCAUCGUAGAGUGCAAAAGUGAAUCAAAAAGAUAAAGUUUUUCUCGUGACGGUGCUUUCCUGGUAACUUGUGCGACGAAACUGUAACGAGACUAGCCUGUUUUCUCGAGUGCUCGACCCAAUUUCCCGAGAAUUUUGUGUUGGCGCAGAGGCCGGAGAAUCGUACAAGUGCGUUCGCGUUUGCAUUCGCGUUCAAGGGUUGCCUGUUUUCGACCGUUUGUUCACGAUGAGCGAGUAGAAGAGGAGCAGCAGGAGAGAGAGAUCGUGGAGGAACGUUUUUAAACCGAUGAGAUGACAGUGCUGUGCGUGCUGUGGGCGACUCUGUCCACCGUGGCAUCGAUCCUCGCCUGUUCCGGAUUUUACCUGCCUUAUUGGAUUCAGGGACGACUGUUGGGAAAAGCGGACGCGUACUUUAGUUCCUUUCGACGCUGCAACUAUCCACGAAUAAGGGCGCCGAACACUGCUCCAGAGAUAGUGUACGAGUGCGCCAGGUACUCCAGCUUUUGGGACAUACCGAGCGGCUGGUGGCAAGCGAGUACCGUCACGAUGGGAAUCGGCGUCGCGAUCGCCGUGAUCGGCGCUUUAACCUUGCUCGCAGCCGCUUCGAGCUUCCUUCCACACAUCCUAAAGACACCGAAACACACCAGAGUUUUGGGUGCCUUGCAACUACUCGCUGCAGUGAUGAUAUGCGGCGGUCUGGUGAUGUAUCCCAUAGGAUGGGACAACCGAGAGGUACGGGAGUCCUGUGGGAAGGGUGCUAAUGUAUACAAUCUCGGAAAGUGUUCGGUGUCGUGGUCAAGCCACCUGCUGGUAGGCUCGGUGGCGCUGUUAAUGUUGUGCUUUGGAUUGAGCUUCUGCGCGGCACGACACAAGCCGUCCAACCCACACACCGAUCCCCUGCGCAUUUGACAAUCGAGAUACUCGCAAUCGAUUCAUGCCUACGCCUCGCCGAAGACGACCAGCCUCUCCUUCGUCACGGUCUGUUGAUUAUCGCUCCCCUCACGAGCAUCCAACCCACCAGCCUUGCCUCACCUCGCCACCUGCGUUCACCUGGGUAUACACUGGUUUACACGCACCCACCUGCGCGAGCACCCAACUGCGUGUAACGUCAUACCACCCACCGUCUACUUAGAAACGAAUAUUUCGAGUCCGUUUGCAUCUGCAGACAGUGAACGCGAGAUUUUCUUAUAUAUAUGUAUAAAUUGUCAUCACUUCAAUUUUACGUUUUACACUUUCCUACGCGGUUAAUGUUUGUACACGUGAACGAACCUGUAUGUUGUAGAACGUAAGGAUAAUUGAACAGGGAGUUUGUUGCGUUCCGUGACGAAUUUGAUGUGUCCCUGCAGCGUGACUACACCUUUAGACGAGAGGUAAACCAAGUAUUAGGGUAAUUGGUUCGUUAACCCUUUAGCUAUCUACAUCCCACGAUAGUGGUUUCCUUUCGAAACGCACCUUCUAGCUGGCUCUUAUCUUCUUAUCGUUUCGUUGCUUCCAAUUUUACUCUACUCAUUUCAGGCCUGGCUAAAGGGUUAAAUCGUCGAAGCGAAAACUUAUUUAUAAGAUACGAGCGAAAGGUAAUGAAAUUCUGAGCGUUUUCGAUUCCUAUUUCGGGACUGGAUCGUUCGACAAGCAAAACUCGUCGAGAUCGAAUCGAGAUCGUGCUCGAUGAAUAAAAUUACGAACUAGAGCAUGACAAUUUUAAAUGUCUGUCGAAUCCUGUUGUCUUCCAAACUUGUAGAGGUUGUGCUUGAGUAUUUCUAAACAGCUACGUGUUUCGCUUUUCAAACCUACUCGUUUCCUCCUCUCAUUUUCCACGUCCCUGUUUCUUCUGUGAGAAACAGUCACGGUUUGCGGUUAACAGGCUCGUGUCAUAAUCGCGAAAUUAGCGAAAUUAAAAGGUUGAAUAAUUUCGAAGGACUAGAGGCCCUCGCGAUUGAUUUUCUGCUCCUUUUCGAGCCACUUGUUCGAGAUUUCGCUGGGAACGUUAUUUCUCUCUCGGCACCUUCGACCGUACUCGAGUUCAACGGUUGCUUUGCCACCGAAGGGACAAUCGUACCCAUCUUUUUCAUGCUGCCUCUUUGUUUAUGUCCAUUGGACUGAUUCUCGAGAUCUGUCGCCAACAGUUCCAGCACCGAGGAUGGAAUGGACUUUCCACGCUUUCACCCCAUGCUUUCUCGGGUUUGUUGUUUGUACAAGCUUCAGGGUGUGAGACAGGUAACUAGCACAAUACUGGGACAAAGUGUCCCUGGGAAAAUGACAAAAUCUCCGUAGAAAAUGUCGAAAUUUAACGUUCGACUCGUUAGCAAUGCGAGAACAAAAGUCUAAAACUAAACAAAAGCUGCGUUCCACUCAUGAACGAUUCCCAAUUAGAAUAAUGAAUCGCGGCGAUAUGCCGUCGACCCCUUUCCUAACCUGUGCAGCAGUCUUCUCGAGAAGCGUAGUUGGUUCGCAAUUAAAAUUACAAUGGCGGCUAGGAAAAAUCGGGAACGUGUCGGGCUUGAUUUUCGAGCGGAGAACGAAAAGCCGACAUUCCGUGAAGGUACUCGCAUUGUCCGAACUAAAUCCACCUUGCAAAAAGCGAAAACGAGCCAAAAGAGGCUUCGCGCAUCGUCGCUUCCUUGCAAACGCAUUCGGUUGAUCCAAUUUCGAUGCACGUUUCGAAUUCAUCGAAAUUCAGACCGAAUUUUUUCAUUUGGUCGUGAUUCUUCGUUGCAGCAAUGUUUUUAAAAAAGUAAUUUUCAUCAGUGUAUCUUGCGUAUAUUUUGUCGCAAACGUGCCACAACGAAAGGGUCAACGCUUUUUAUUUCCAUUUAUGCACUUAGAAUCUAAAGGUAUAUUGUUCAAACCGACGAUCUUCUACCAACUCCGAGGUUUUCCAUCUACUGAAAACUUACGCGGCCUUUUAAACUUUCGGUAGAACAACGAAGGAUAAUUUUGCAGAAAAUGUCGUUUCACUACCGUUUCCUCGUUACGCGGCCAGACGAGAUAGAAAGGCGGACUGGGACAAGCCCUAAAUCGCGAAAGGGUAGACCGCGGACACAAUUAGUCGACGCGUGGCGUUAACGAGGCCAAGAAAAGGAAAGCAACGGUGGAGGCGAACUAGAAAGGUGGCAGCAAGAGUCGCUUUUACGUUGGCGGUUUCCGUUUCGCAGGGUGGUCCACUCGACUUGGUCGAAAAUUUAGCUCGCGCAAAGUAACAGAGAGGUAAAGGGGAAAAGAGAGAGGCGAGUGGACAGUGGAUGGGACGAGAGUAAAAGAGAAGCGAAAAGUGAAAAGCGAGGGAGGAGAAUAGAGGCCGCGGCUUUUAGCGAUUUCACCAGAUUUUCAAAGGCGGCGUUGUUUUUGCCGUCGCGCGUUGUUCAGAGAAAUCGUGUAACACGCUUCGCGUUUCCUACUCGCUAUUCUUUUCUCACAAUUUUCAUCUCAUGGACCGUGAUUUUGCGAUUGCGAUCUUCGCUGUGUCGAGAACUGUACGUUCGCCGAGACACUCUGACCUGACGUGGCUUUUUGCACCCUUCGCGGUUUCUCGAAUAGAUUUUUAUUCUUUAUCAGAGCGUGAAUUUGGCGGAAUUGUAUCGUUAUGGCGCGUAUUGCUGUGAACGAAGUCGUCAGUUUUCAAAUCCCUGUCUCACACAGAAUACGUAGUUAUAACAGUUUAACGGAAACGACUUUGAAAAAUCGUAAGAAUAGUUUCUUUCUCGAGAAAGGAACGUUGCUAUGUGUCGACACACGCUUUGUACGCGUGUAACGGUGCUCGCUCUGAAAAUUAUUACACUCGACUUCCCGUUUUUAACGUCUUUUCGUAUCCACAGUUCCGGGGCUUCUUUUCGCGUUCGUGGAAAUAUUUUCACGGUGAAAGAGUAGUUUCUGCGGAACGGAAAGGAAAAGUAGGGGUUUAAAAUCAAUCGUCUAGCGAUCGACGCGAUCGAUCGAUCGAUCGAUCGAUCGACUAUGUUAGCUGUCCGCGAGAUGCUCGAAGCAAAGUUUCCUUGUAAAUCUCGCUCUGCCCGCGUACGUCUUUGCGACUCGCUUUCCUCCUCUCGCUAUUUUUCUUUCCGCCAGCCCGCUUUGCCUCUUAUCGAGUUGCAGCAACCUUCUCGGAACGCUCGUCGAGCCAUUUCUCUCGCUGCGAACGGGACACCAGUCGAGUUUAUUCUCUCGACUAAUAGAGCUAUCGAGAGGCGAACUCGUCGAACGAAGGAAUUGUUUGGAUGACAAUCUUGCUCAAAUUGCUGAAAGUUUGCUCAGUCGUCUGGAAACACUCUCUGGUUUAAACAGAGAGUCGUGGAAGUUGCACGCUUUUUCACGGUACGCGGGUUUUUUUCAGACGCCCUGUAUAAACGCUUCAAGUUUCGUGUUCGUAAUUGGAGGGUUGCCAAAAAUUCCCUUUGAUCCGCGACGACGAGCCUGUCGGAAAAGAUCCACGGGAAUGGCACAUCGGAGAGUUUCUUGAACGUCGUGUUUUCUGCAUCGUUGUUCAGCAGCCUCGCGACGGAAUAUUCAACGAGGCCGCGAGCGAAACUCUCGUCGAUACCUCGAAUUCCUUCUUGAUAUCGUUCGACCUCGUUUUUCCGCCCCGCCUGACGCGAUACGCGUUAUACAGGGAACGGAAACGAACCUCUUAGGAAUACAGGUUGAGGAACGAAACGCAAUUUCGUAAUAGUUUCCCCCUCGGUAUAUGGAUGAAAUUUUCCUUUGUUCGCGUUACCGAGUCGAGCGGUUCCUCCACGGAGACAAGGGGUGCUACUAGCUACUACCCUUUAACCGUGCCGACUCGCUUCGCUUUUCCUGCUUCUCCCGUCGAUCCGUUCGCGUCAACGAUUAAAUCAACGACCCGAGGCGUACACUUUGAUUCUUUGAGCAGACUCUGACGGCAUAAUCGACGCGUAAACGACACUGCAAACGAGACAUCGUUGCUGCUGAACGAUGCAAUUUGCCCCUCGUUUACAAUUCGAUCCGGCUACGAGCAUCGCGUUCUCAUCUCGAUUGAAAAUUAUUUCGUAAACCAGAUUUACUCCUUCGAUUGUUUACCCGACAUCGUUUCCUCUUCAUUGAAAGAUCGAACCGGAUAAUCCGUAAACAGAGGGAAGAAAACACUUUUGAUACGUUAAAUUUAAUCAAAUAAUUGAUCGAACGAUUGCCAGUCGUUUUCGUAAACCCGUGACCCGUUCUUUGAUACCUCCAGAAAUAGCGUUAAAUCGAUUGAGACGGAUUUGUAACCGUUCCACUCGAUCCUUUGCUCCUUAUUUGCAUGUAAAUUGCUAUCCUUUCGAGGACACGAAAAACCUACUGCCUGAAUACGUUGUCGGCGGUGAAGAACCUUCGUGAAUGAACCCUUUCGCGACGGAGUUUUAGUAAGCGCACAAUUUCCUUUGUUGUACGAUUUGUCGUCUUUCAAACUAACAGCGCUUGCAUACGAAAUUUAAUUACAGUUAAAUUGUAACUUCAACGUUUUCUAGAUUGUACGAUCUAGAUCGAUCAAAGACAGAUCCAGUCAAACUAAAGAAAAAAAAAAAAAAAACGUGUACUAAUAAUUGACGUUCGAGGAACACUAUUCAAUGUAAAUAACGGUAGCGCGAUCGUGCGACUGGGUGGCGAGACAAAAGUAAAUUUUGUUUCGCGUCCGAAAUGGGUUCGACCGUUUCGCGUUGAUGAAGGUUAACGAAAGGAAAAUAAAAAACAUACCCGCGAACGCGCGAAAUUCGGCAAUAUUUUUUCACAGAAAAUCAGACCCGUUGACUCGAAGCGUCAUUCGUUUUUUUCUCAGAACAAUCAAUGAUUUUUGUGUCCGUGGAUUUCAACAAUGCGAAACGACGAAUCCAAAGUUUGGAUUCGAGCCGCGUAUGCACGGUGCGGCGUGAUCCAAAAGAGGAUCGUUGUAUCUCUGUGUGGUGUGUGCUCGAGCGAGUGCGACUGAACUUUGAAUUAACCUGUUAACUGCGAUUCUUAAAAGAAUUGUAUCUUUAGCCCCUCCGAAUCGACGAGGUGACCUGCUAACUGACGACGCGUCGAAAUUAACGCAUUCGAUCGAAAAGUUUUCUUUUUAAUUGCAUCGUUACGUUUUAAUUAAGAGGAAGGUUCAUCAUACCUUCAUAUAGAGUAUAGGUUGCAUAAAAAAUUAAUUAAUUAUACCCUCUUUAUUAUACCCUCAAAGGAGAAACAGGUCUAUUCAGAUUGAAAAAUUAUUCGGUUAACAGGUUAACUGACAAUGAGUUAAUUUUGUACGAUAAGGAACAAUAUAGAAAUUCAUGAAUGCGACAUACAAAAACUUGUGUACCGGCUCGGGGGGGUUAAUUGCAUCAUUACGCUUUAAUCGAGAGGAAAAUACAGUAUAUUAGCAUACGUCUACGUGCAAGAUGAAUGAACUUUUCUUUAGCGAAUUUUUGUUGCGAGAGGGAGAGAGUGCAGUUUUUUUCGGGUUGAAAAAUGAGUCGGUUAACAGGUUAACGACAGCCAUCGAGAGCGACGUGAACUUUACGAGUACACACCCUUGUACAUACUCUAUACAUGUACGUAUAGCGCGUAAAUACUCGACACGACGUAAAUGUUACGUAUUAUUAUAUUUUAUAAUAAAAUUUGAAUAAAUGAA